GCGAGUCCAGGUAAAAUACAAGACUGGAAUUAUGAGGAUGAAUGUGCUUUUCAACAGGAUAAUCGACUACUUGACGGAGGACUUAUUUUUCAGAAUGCAUUUAUAUGAAGGGCAAAAAUGAAAAAAAAAAAAGCGACAUCGCCACGGUGGCAUUCAGAUUCACGGGGUUUACUAUGGCGGUAAAAUCCCCUAAUAAAACCGAACCCUUUUUAAUAUUUCUCUUUAAUCAAACUUUCUCAAUUUCUCUGAGCGAAAUUUCGAUCGACAGCGACGCCAACUUUCCCUUCUGAAGAAAAUGGCGAUGACUAUUGAAGGGUCGAUUUGCUUUCUAGCACCUCUACGAAUUGGGCCUUAGGCUGGAAAAAUGGAAAACAAAUAUUUUCAUGGAGGGGAUUUAGUUGGGGGAGGCUUGUGCACUAUACAACAACUGGUGGCCAAUGCUUUCAGCUCUCAUGUAUGUCCUAGUCCCAAUGCCUUGUUUAUUCUUCGGAGGUGGGUCGACUCAGUUUUUAACUAGCCGAGAUGGUGGGGGUUGGAUAGAUGCUGCCAAAUUUCUUACAGGGGCAUCUGCUGUGGGAAGCUUUGCAAUUCCCAUUAUUCUUAGGCAUGCUCAUAUGAUUUCGACUGGUGCCAUGUUCAUUGAAUUUACAUCAUUCAUCAUAUUUGUCUGCACUGUCUUGUGUUUUCACCGUGCUAGCCUUGAAGAUGACUGGUAAUAAAUGCUGGCUGCAAGUUUUCAUGUAACUUAACAUGUUGUUCCCGGGGAUCUAUGAUGUCUGAUUAGUUGUGAAAUGUAUGAUCCAUUUGCUAGGGAAAAGAAACAGAAAAUUUUCAAUUUGUAAAUCUUAUUGUAUACCUUCUGCUGACUUUGUUUGCUUCAAGUGUUUGAUGUACGUAGGAAUACUUGUAUCAUAUUAUACCUUUUUCAUUUGAACAACUGAACAAUUGAAGCUCACUUAUUUACUUAUUUUGCGAAACAAAUGAUUAU